UGUCGUUUCAAUCGGCCCAAGAACCAAUGAACGCGGUGCUGCUGAACCUGGAGGAUUGGAACAAUUGGAACAAUCCGAAAACAGAUGUUAACCUGGAUCGCUAACAGAUGUUCCAAUCUGUUGAGAAAUGGAUGGCUUCGCUUCAAUGGCUUCAGUUUGGAAUGAUUGGAUCCGGUACAAAGGUCCCUGGCUCCUGACCUUGCGACUGCUGAAUGCCGUGCUCAUUCGAACAUCGUUCAAUCCUGAUGAGUACUGGCAAGGCCCAGAGGUUGCGCAUGCCUGGUGCUAUGGUGGUCACCUCACCUGGGAAUGGGAGACCUGCAUCGCACUUCGCGGCGUUCUGCACCCAGGGCUUUUCGCUUUGCUGCUGGCCUUGCUGCCGGAGUGGCCCGUCCUCGUGGCCUAUGCGCCCCGAUUGCUGCAGGGCGCGUUCGCCUCACUGGCAGAUUGGGCUGUCUACAGGAGUGCAGACAGGCUGGGCAGUCCGUUGACCUGCUGGGCGUUGAGUGUGCAGCUCACUGGCUGGUUCCAGCUUUAUGCUCUACCAAGGACUUUCUCCAGCUCUCUCGAAGCCGUGCUGGCUGCCUGGAUCGUCGAGCGCUCGAUUAGCUCCACCAGCUCCAGCGUCGCCAAAUGGCAAACUCGGCAAACUCGAUGGCUCCUGCUUCUUGGCUCAUUGCAAGUGGCGCUCCGACCUACUGCAGCAGGUUUUUGGCUUUCCUGGGCCAUCUACAAGAUGUAUGUGCUACUCCAAUGUGGAGAUCUACAUGGAGUGUUUUCUGGGCUUCUUGCUCCAGGAUUGCUGAUCUCGGGUGUAGUUCUGUCCUUUUCCACUUUACUGGACUGCUUGUACUAUGGGCGAUUCACCCUCGUGCCUCUGAACUUUCUACGUUUCAACCUUCUGGCAGAUGGCAGUGCUUUGUAUGGUAGCCACCCUUGGCAUUGGUAUUUCACAGAGGGCCUGGCUGUAACGCUUGGGACUUUUCUGCCUUUUUGCUGCAUAGGCUUGAGAGCAGUUGGCAGCGGCCAUCCUCUACGACCUCUUGUUUUUUCAGCCUUUGCCAGCAUUCUGCUGAUAUCUUUGGCAUCUCACAAGGAGUAUCGCUUCCUGUUGCCUUUCUUUCCCUUGUUCUCGUUGCUUGCAGGAUUAGGCCUUCAAAGAGCCAGCGCUUGGCUGCAGGCAAAGUCCGCGGCACGUGCGCGGUUCUACCUUCUUGCUGUGGUAUUCGUCCCGCAGGUGUUUGCGGCGAUUUUUUUCUGUGUGGUGCAUCAACGAGGAGCUGAAGCAGUCAUGACUCAUUUGAGGAACUAUCCUGCACGGGGUGGCAUUUUCUUCCUCACAGCUUGCCAUGCUACGCCCUUUCACAGCUUCUUGCACGGUCAAGAGGAGCUUGGAUAUCUUGAUUGUUCUCCCGGGCGAAACAGCCCUCAGAAGCGUUUCUUCGAGCAACCGAUGCCCGUGUUGAGGGAGCUCUUCCCAGAGGCACAGCACAACGCAACUGAAGAGGGUCCUCCAAAAGGAGCUGCACUGAAGCCCUGCUUGGACUACAGAUAUGAGAAAAGCUGGCCGCUUCCACAGGUCUUUGUUCUUUGGGGCUCCCUGCUGAGACGUGAGCCUCGAAUGCAGCCGUGGCUGGAGACCAAUGGCUAUCACCUGGAGCUUGAAAUUGAGGAUGGCAUAUGGUCUGAGGGUCCUUAUGACAUUGAGCUAUGGCCGAGCUUCAGCAUUUUCAGAAAAAGGUGCAAUUCUGUGAAGCCUAGGGCGUGCAGCGGCGUGCAGCGGCGUGCAGCGGCGUGCGUGCAGUCAUGA